AUGAAAUUCAAGUGUUAUGAUGACUUCUUCACCUUGCACAUAGCCCACUUCCAAAGGCAUGAAUGGGACAAUGAAGGGAUUGCUGCAGGAUCACUCCAGGACCGCUGCAGGAUCGCUGCAGGAUCGCUCCAGGAUCACUCCAGGACCGCUGCAGGAUCGCUGCAGGAUCACUGCAGGAUCAGUCCAGGAUCGCUGCAGGAUCAGUCCAGGAUCGCUCCAGGAUCGCUCCAGGAUCACUCCAGGAUCCCUGCAGGAUCGCUCCAGGAUCGCUCCAGGAUCACUCCAGGAUCCCUGCAGGAUCGCUCCAGGAUCACUCCAGGAUCGCUCCGGGAUCGCUCCAGGAUCGCUCCAGGAUCCCUGCAGGAUCGCUCCAGGAUCGCUCCAGGAUCCCUGCAGGAUCGCUGCAGGAUCACUGCAGGAUCGCUCCAGGACCGCUGCAGGAUCAGUCCAGGAUCGCUCCAGGAUCGCUCCAGGAUCCCUGCAGGAUCGCUCCAGGAUCGCUCCAGGAUCACUCCGGGAUCGCUCCGGGAUCGCUCCAGGAUCGCUGCAGGAUCGCUCCAGGAUCGCUCCAGGAUCGCUCCAGGAUCAGUCCAGGAUCGCUGCAGGAUCGCUCCAGGAUCGCUGCAGGAUCGCUCCAGGAUCAGUCCAGGAUCGCUGCAGGAUCGCUCCAGGAUCAGUCCAGGAUCGCUCCAGGAUCAGUCCAGGAUCACUGCAGGAUCGCUCCAGGAUCGCUCCAGGAUCACUCCAGGAUCAGUCCAGGAUCACUGCAGGAUCGCUCCAGGAUCGCUCCAGGAUCAGUCCAGGAUCACUCCAGGAUCAGUCCAGGAUCGCUGCAGGAUCGCUCCAGGAUCGCUCCAGGAUCCCUGCAGGAUCGCUCCAGGACCGCUCCAGGAUCACUCCAGGAUCGCUGCAGGAUCACUCCAGGAUCAGUCCAGGAUCCCUGCAGGAUCGCUCCAGGAUCCCUGCAGGAUCGCUCCAGGAUCACUCCAGGAUCGCUCCAGGAUCGCUGCAGGAUCACUCCAGGAUCACUCCAGGAUCGCUCCAGGAUCACUCCAGGAUCGCUCCAGGAUCGCUCCAGGAUCGCUGCAGGAUCGCUCCAGGAUCGCUCCAGGAUCAGUCCAGGAUCGCUGCAGGAUCGCUCCAGGAUCGCUCCAGGAUCACUCCAGGAUCACUCCAGGAUCACUCCAGGAUCGCUGCAGGAUCGCUCCAGGAUCACUCCAGGAUCACUCCAGGAUCACUCCAGGACCACUCCAGGACCACUCCAGGAUCGCACUUGGGCUCCCAGGGCAGGGCCCGGUGGCUCCAGCGCGCAGGGCACUGCAAUCAUCGGUGCCACUGGCAGCAGGAGGCAGGCUGCAGAGCCCGAGCGUGCCUGCGCAGCAGAGGGAAUCCCAAAGCCCGGCAUCCCAAACCCUCUCCUACCCUUGGGGCUCUCUGCCCAGAGGCCUGAAAACGCAGCCUGCUCUUGCAGUGCAGACACAGCUGAAGCUCAUCACAGGACUGACAAGCACCUACUCUGGCAUUGUGGGUCAAACCUUUCCAUGUGCUAAGGCAGCAUAUAAGAGGAAAGAGAAACUGGCAGCAAACAACAAAAUUCAGAGGGAGAACAGAGAAGUCCACAGCUCAUUUUGCAGAACUCGGAGGCUGGGUAACCUGAAGCUUCCAGGAGUGGCAGGACAGAGAGAAGGAAAGAAGCUGCAGGAGAAAAAGGCAUCACAGAAACUGGAAAGAGAAGAAAGUUUUUACAAUUCCUUGUAAGAAAAGCAGUAACAGGUGUUACAUACCUUUCUGUAUCCAAAACUUGCAGAACCAAAACAACCUUCCUCCCUUAAAAUUGACUGGGAAAUAGGAAAGCCAGGAGGAGCUGACUCAUGAAUUAUUGAAAUCCAAGUUACUUACUUAAUUCUUAAACUUUAGUUACCCAGUUACAAAGUCUUGACCCUUCUAUUGCCACAAUCAUAUUUAUAAAGUGCUUUAUCCUAUUUUGGAAGCCUGGAGACCUCAAAUAAAUCAUGACCUAACCAGAAAAGGCCUCUCUGGAGGAAGCUGUCAUCAGCAGGCAGGUGGGGACGAUUCAGAAUGGGAGUUACCAAAGGUGACCUCAGAUUUUUUUGCCCCCCCAAAGAGCCAAAAAGUGAGUUAAAUGGCUUAAAUUGUAGAUUCAAAGAAGGCUUGGAAAUGCAACCACUCGGUUAUCGCGUUCUUGAGCGCAGACACGUGGCACAGCUAUUCAGUUCAAAGACAAGCGGGGAAGAUAGUUAUAAUAAACAAAAUAAACACACUUAUAAUAAACAAUCAAACCCAGAUGGGGCGGCUGUCUAGAUAUUUCCACCAACAGGCCGGGUUUUCUGCUUUCUCUUCAACAAAGAGAUGUCUCACUCGUGGAGGCUCUGGCCACAGUUCUCAGACUGUGUGAAACGCUAACAAACUUCUAUUCAUGUGAGUGGGGAAAGUAAGAGGGCUUUAUUAAAUUGUAAAUCUGCUGCUAAUUCAUCAGGCUACUCUGCAAGUGCCAGUUAUAAAACCCCACA